AUGAUCCCUGUAGGUGCGUCUGGAUGUGGAAAGUCAACAGUUAUUCAACUUUUAGAAAGAUUCUAUGAUGUUACAAGUGGGCAAAUAUUUCUUGAUGGCAUUGAUAUUCGACAAUUAAAUCUUCAUUCGGUUCGUUCCCAUUUUGGUCUUGUCAGUCAAGAGCCAAUUUUGUUCGACUUAACGAUUCGUGAAAAUAUAGCAUACGGUUUAGAAAAUGUUCCAAUGGAAGAUAUUAUCAACGCGGCGCGUAAAGCUAAUAUCCAUCAAUUAAUUGAGCAAUUGCCUCAGGGUUAUGAAACCAAAGUAGGGUUGAAAGGCAAUUUUCUAUCGGGUGGUGAGAAGCAGCGUAUCGCUAUUGCGCGAGUUCUUGUUCGUCGACCUAGAGUAUUGAUCUUAGAUGAAGCUACAAGUGCCAUGGAUUCGCAUAAUGAACAAAUUGUGCAAGAAGCUCUUGAACAGAUUCAAACACAAGAUUCUAGUCGAACAUCAAUCAUUAUUGCUCAUCGUCUUUCAACUAUUCGUUCAUGUGAUUUGAUUUGUGUGCUUGAUAGGGGACAUAUAGUAGAGAGUGGUACUCAUACAGAAUUGACCCAACUACGUGGAGCUUAUUAUAAAAUGCUUGCUCAAAAUACUUUACAAUAA